AGACAUCAGUGCACUCAAAAGUUAAUUAAAAUCACCGUCGCGCAUUAGGAAAGAAAAUUUAACUACAAAGUACCAUUGCCGUGUCCGUGACCCCGAGUACCUCUUGACCUUUGACCACCAGUACUGUGCUGCACUAGACGACGGAAUGUUGGCCGGAAUCAAGGAUUUCUUUUACCGUCACCGGAGGAAGUUCAUUACAACGGGAGUCGUGCUGGGAGGAGGAAUAUUCCUUAUCAAAAUCAUUCAAUACAAGAUACGUGAGUUCCAGGAACGUCAAGCAAAAGAAAUCGCUGAACGGUUCAAACGGAUGCAGCACUUUGAAUCAACGGAGCGGACGUGCAAUCAGACGAUCGUGGGACUGUCGCCAACGGUGUCGGAAAAGGCACUGAAGGAUUUAAGUACCUCGGAGAUAUUGGAAAAGUUGCGUUCCAAUCCGGACAAUAAGUUGGAGCUGUGGGAUGAACUGAAGAUUUUAGCAUUCAGUCGCAUUGUGACGCUUGUGUAUGCCUCGUCGAUGUUGGCUGUCACGCUGAAGACACAGAUCAAUUUGCUGGGAGGAUAUUUGUACAGAGAUACAGUCGGACAGGAUGACAAGCAAGUUACGAUUGAUAUCCAAACUACGUACCUUUCGAUGAUUCAGUACUUUAUGGGAGAUGGUUUGGAUAGGCUGAUGGAGAUGAUCAGGAAGAACGUGACUGUCGUGAUGCAGCGAUACAGCCUGAAGCAGCAGUUGACUUUAGCGGAUGCUGAAACCUUGUUCUGGUCCAUUCAGAUGGCACUGAAUAAUGACGAGCAGAGCCCGACUAAACACAUCGCCAAGUACACUCUUCCGCAGGAAGUGAAUCGUAGUGACAUUCUCAGUCAGAUGUACGACGAAACGUUGGACGUGUUGGAAAAUGCGGAAGUAGCAGACGUUUGCCUGUCGAAUGUGUCCAAUGGGUUCUCGCUUAUCGUCGACAAAUUGGCAGAAUACUAUGCCGAAACGGAGCCUUCUCAGACGACUCCGUCCUCAUCGAAAUCGGCCCUAAAUGUGGAAAGUUUGUCAAAUAUCAACACCAUCAAGAUUUCACUUGCCAAGCUUAUUCCGAUCGUGAAUGGGUUGACUUCGCAGGCCCUUGAGGGCUCGAUCGGGUCGAGCUCGUCUAAUGGGCUGAACGGAUUCGAGCCGAGAACCAACGAUAUGAUGUCCUCGUUGGUGGCACGAUUUAUGCAGUCGGAAAAGCUCAAAACCCUGGGCGUUAAUGUGUAUGAAACAUUCUGCCAGUAGAUGCUGCAUUUGUGACCAGUUAAAAAAAAAUAACAUUCGUACGGUAGGAAUUUAAGGCUACACUUCUUUUCUUCUCUUUUACGAGCAGAAGUAAACCAGGUUUAGGUGGAAAGACUAUUAAUUUUUAAGCAAGGAUCCGAUGGUAAGGAAACGGAAACAGUAAAAUGUGUAUGGCUUUGUAAUGCACUGUAUUAUCAUGUAGUUCAAACUCAAACAAUAAACAUUUUGCUUUAGAUCGUAAA